AUGAAUCCGACGAAUCCAAGUGGUACACACAAGUGGUAUUUCAUUUUCAACGCCACUUUGCUCAUCGGUGUCCAGAACUGCUCCCAAAUAAUCAACAUCUUUUUCGUGUAUACAAAUUUCUUGUGUUUAGCCAAAAUCCUCAUUUUUGCCAGAAAUUUAAAAUCCAUUAACAAGAUAUUAAGAAUUCUGGACAGCCAGGAAGCCCAACCAAAAUCCACGGAACAAAUUAAACUAAUUCAGCCGUCAUUGACACGUUGGAAGGUGCCAUAUUUUGUAUUUAUGAGCCACGUGACUUCAAAUGUGGCACUAUGGUUCCUGUCUGCACUUUUUAGCCAUCAGUUGCCACUAGUAUCGUGGUAUCCCUUCAGCGUUGAAAAAUCACCGAAUUAUGAAAUUAUUUUCAUCUACCAAGUUUUUAGCUUCACUUACUUAUCAGCUGCUAAUAUAAACGUGGAUUCGUUUUUCUACGCUUUGUUAAUGUUUAUUUGGGCGCAAUGUGAUAUUUUGUGUGACGAUUUAAGUCAUCUUGAUGGGGAUCCAGCACAGUUUAAUCAAAAACUGAUUAACUGUCUUAAACAUCACGAGACAAUAUUGAGGUUGGCUAAGAAAAGCAAUAGUUUAAUUGAUAGGAUAAUUUUGGGGCAAUUUGUCACUAGUACCAUGACUCUGGCUUUAACCAUGUUUCAGCUAAGUUUGAUUCAAUCUGUAAAUAAAGAAGCGUUAGUAAGUCUGCUCUACAUCCUGGGUAUUAUGUUGCAAUUGUUUCUCUAUUGUUGGUUUGGCACUGAAGUGGAAACUAAGAGUAGUAAAAUUCCAUAUGCUACCUUUAUGUCGCAAUGGUAUGAGCAACCGCUCCACAUCAAGAAAAAUCUUUUGAUUUUGAGCGAACGAUGUCAAAGACCUAUCCAGAUAACGGCCAUCAAUUUGUUUGCGCUUUCGCUUAAGACCUUUGUCAAUAUUAUUCGCACUGCUUGGUCUUAUUUUGCCGUUUUAUACAAUGUUCAUCAGUAG